AUGAUUCCAAAUACCAACAGAGUGCCAAAUUCAAGAAUCGAGUUAAGAAUUAGUUGCAGCCAUUUAAAGAAUCUUGAUGUGGUCUCAAAAUCCGAUCCACAGGUUUCAAUUCACGAACAAAAAGGAAAUUGUGGUCUAGUUAAAUAUUUAGGAAGUACAGAGAAAAUUAAAAAUAAUUUAAGUCCAGACUUUAAGAAGCCAAUUAUGAUCGAUUAUUUCUUUGAAGAAGUUCAAAAUCUCAAAUUUACCUGUGUCGAUAUUGAUGGAGAAAUAGUAAAGGCUGAUGAAAAUGAUAAAAUUGGCACAUUUGAAACUACAUUAAGUAAUAUAUUAUCAAGACCUGGUAGAAGAAUGGUUGGUGAAUUAAAACAUAAUGGUAAAACUACUGGUAAUAUCUUAAUUACUGCUGAAGAGCUCCAAAAUACAAAUCAUGAUAUUUAUCUUAGAAUGGAAGCUUCAAAUGUUGAUGCUAAAGAUUGGAAUGGUAAAAGUGAUCCAUAUUUCAAAAUUUAUAAAGCUGUUCAAGGUGGUGGCGCCCCAGUAUUGGUUUAUCAAAGUGAAGUUAUCAAUAAUACUUUGAAUCCAGUUUGGAAACCAAUUUAUAUGCCAUUAGAAUCAUUUAAUGGUGGUGAUAUGUUUAGAGAUUUAACAAUUGAGGUAUACGAUUAUGAUUCAAUUGGUUCACACGACUUAAUCGGUAUUGUUCAUUUAAAUGCAGAUCAAGUACUCAGAGGUCAAAAAGAAUUCCCAAUUAUUAACCCAAAGAAAGUUAGCAAAUCAGGUUACCACAAUUCAGGUAUUUUAAAGUUCUAUGAUGCUAAAUUAGAAAAGAAACACACAUUCCUCGACUAUUUAGCAGGUGGUUGCGAAAUUUCAUUAAUGGUUGCAAUCGAUUGUACAGGUAGCAAUGGUUUAACUUCUAGUGUACAUUCACUUCAUUACAAUACCCCAGCACAACCAAGUCAAUAUGCCCGUUCUAUUAUGUCAGUAGGUUCAGUUUUAGCUCCAUACGAUUCAGAUGGUAUGAUUGAUGUUAUGGGUUUCGGUGGUUCAUUCGCAGGCAGUUUUGGUGUAUCACAUUGCUUCCCAUUCUCUUUUGAUACAAAUAUACCAGCAGCAGUUGGUGUUCAAGGUGUUUUAGGAUUAUAUACCGAAAAUAUUAGAAAGAUUUCUUUCUCAGGUCCAACCAAUUUCAGCGAAGUUAUUCAACAUGCAAUGAAAAAAGCAUCAGAAGGUCAAAACCAACAAAACCAAAAAUACACUGUACUUUUAAUUUUAACCGAUGGUGAAAUUUCAGAUAUGGACGAAACCGUUAGAAAUUUAGUAAUUGCUUCAACUAUGCCAUUAUCAGUCGUAAUUGUUGGCGUAGGUUCAAGUUCAUUUGAUAAUAUGAACAGAUUAGAUGGUGAUGAUGGUACAUUAAAAGAUUAUAGUGGUAAUAAAGCAAGCAGAGAUAUUGUUCAAUUCGUUCCAUUUACAGCAUUCUCAUCAAAUAUCGAUUUAUUAGCACAAGAAACCUUAAAAGAAAUUCCAGGUCAAUUACUUUCAUUCUUUAAAACUGUUGGUUUUGUACCAAAUCCACCAAGACAAUAUAUAGCCCAACCAAUUCUUGCCCCAAUUCCACCACCAAUUGCUCCACAAUAA